UCCUUUUUGUAGCUAUCAAAAGGAAACCAAUACCCCUCUUCUUCAUCUCGGCCUUCAGAGUCCCUCGUUGCGGGAAAUAUCCUUGGAACUAUAGCCUUAUAGAAGUAAUGGAUUCAACUUAUGGAAAAAGCAGAGAUAGGAUAAGCAAUCUGCCAGAUGCAGUUCUUUGUCACAUCAUUUCAUUUCUUCCCACCAAAUUUGCUGUGGGAACUAGUGUCCUCUCAAAAAGAUGGAGGUACCUUUGGGCUUCCAUCCCUAACCUUGACUUUGAUGAUGAUUUACUGCUGGAUCGAGACAAGCCCAUUGGGGAUUCUGAAAGAAGCAUAUGCUUUAAGAAUUUUGUGGAUAAAGUAUUGCUUCAUGGCAGUAUCUCAUGUAUUAGAAAGUUUCGUCUCAAAUGCAGUGACCAUGAGUUGGACUCUGCUGUUAAUUCCUGGAUCUGCACAGCACUUGAGCGUAAUGUCCAGGAGCUUGAUCUCUAUUUUGAUACGGAAUAUCCUAUUGAAUUGCCUCCUAAAUUCUUCUUCUGUAAAACUCUAGUUGUUCUGAAACUGUCUUUUUCAAUUUUUCUUGAUAUUCCAAGUUUGAUUUGGUUUCCAAGUCUCAAAGUUCUCCAUCUUAGAUCAGUUGAAUUUUCAACUGAUGACUCAGCUCAGAAGCUCUUAUCUAGCUGUCCUGUCUUGGAAGAAUUGGUUAUAGAAAGAUGGAGAUUGGAUGAACAAUGGGUUUUUAAUGUCUCUGCACCCACAUUGAAAAGUUUGGCAAUAUAUUUUUCUGUAGAUGGAUUAGCAUGUAUAGCUGAACGAGAAGAUGAGCUAGUUGAUGAACUAGAUAAUGAACUAUUAGUUGUACCACAAGUUGGACCAGAAGAUGAAUCAGAAGAUGAAGCUGAGGAUGAACCAGAAGAUCAGAAGUACAAACUUGUGGUUGAUGCCCCAAAUCUUGAGUACCUUAGUAUCACAGAUUUUGUUUCAGAGGACUAUUUGAUGAGCAACCUAUCUUCCUUGGUUAAAGCAUAUGUUAAUGUUGGUCCCACUAUUAGAGGAAUUGAUGACCAAAUUCUGUAUCGUGGCCGUAUAUAUGAGCUCCUUAGAGGGAUCUCAAAUGUUAAACAUCUAUCAUUAUCUGGUGAGACUUUGCAUUCUCUCAGUGGUAUGUUUUGUGGUUAUGAGCUCCCUGCAUUUCAUAGUGUGACUCGUUUAGAGCUUGAAGUUGAUUACGGCUAUGGCUUGGAGUUUCUGAAAGAGUUUCUUGACACGUCACCUAAUUUAGAAAUUCUUAUCCUUGAAAAUGUUAACAAGGACGAAUGUGAAAUUGAAGAGUGGACUCUGCCACUUCAAGUGCCUACCUGUGUGGAAUUGCACCUCAAUGAAGUUGAAAUUAAGAAAUUUGAUGGGUUAGAUUAUGAGCUUGGAGCAAUAGAGUUCCUGCUGAAGAAUGCGAGAGUUUUGAAGAAGAUGAGCAUAGAUUGUCGAGAUUGGCGUGAUGGGCAAGAAUUUUGUGUUUGUAAAAAGCUAUCAGGGUUUACAAGGGCCUCCAUGAGUUGUGAAUUUAGUGUUUUUUGCCAUUGUGGAGGCAUUCGUAUGUUUUCUUGACCGUUUAUCAUUUUACACCAAACCUGUUCUAUGCAUUCAACUUUUAUGUGUAUUGUGAAAAAAAAGGCUCGACCACUUUACUAAAUAUAGGUGGAUUAGAUGUAGCAUAUUAUGAUAUAUGUAUAAUGUUUUGUCAGGGUGUACAUGAGCUUAAUGUUUUGAAAAUUAAACAACUUCACGCUUCAUUAUUUUA